CCUCCUCUGCCGCCGCCGCCGCCGCCGCCCUCUCCCCCACCGCCUCCGCCGACACCACUGCUUUGGCCUCCUCCGCCGCCGCCCCCACCGGCACCUCCAUCGGUGCCUCCGUGGGGGCCUCUGUCUCCUUUGCAUAAUCUAGGCCCUCAGCCUCGGAGAAAAAGCCGUACAGAGUUUAUCUCGCGGGCCCGGGGCGCAGGCAUGGCAGAUGGCGGUAGCGGCGGGGGAACGGGCGCGGUGGGCGGCGGAGCAGCGGGCCAGGCCUCAGCGGGGACAGCGACAGGAGGGACUGGGGCUAGCGGGGCCGGCGGCCCUAUUAAUCCUGCCUCGCUUCCUCCCGGCGACCCCCAGCUCAUCGCUCUCAUCGUGGAGCAGCUCAAGAGCCGGGGCUUGUUUGACAGCUUCCGCCGGGACUGCCUGGCCGACGUAGACACCAAGCCAGCUUACCAAAACCUGAGGCAGAAAGUGGAUAAUUUUGUGUCAACACAUCUGGACAAGCAGGAAUGGAAUCCUACAAUGAACAAGAACCAAUUGCGAAAUGGUCUGAGACAGAGUGUGGUUCAGUCAGGCAUGUUGGAAGCAGGAGUGGACAGGAUUAUAUCUCAGGUGGUGGAUCCAAAACUAAACCACAUCUUCAGGCCACAGAUAGAACGAGCAAUUCAUGAGUUCCUGGCAGCCAAGAAAAAAGAAGCUGUGCCGGCACCACCUCCAGAGCCUGAAAGCCAGGACCCUCCAGCUCUGUCCCAAGAUACCUCCUAAGAACAGGCCUGAAACCUUUUGAAAGCUCCAUUUAUUUAAUGGUGAAGAAAUGGAUUCCUGUUCUUUAAGAGUACCACUUCAGUCGGCCAGGGUCACCACUGAUUUCAAGAUCUCUGCUUUGACCGUAGCGCAGUGUCCAAAUUGAACAGGCAUCAAGUCUGGCAGUGAGAAAGUUGUUCAUGUGCCCCUGCCUUGUGCCACCACCUGACCAGCCUGUCCAAUGGUGUUACAUUCAGUAGACACUACAGAAUUAUAAACACUACAGUAACCUAAUGUGGUCCUGAAAUGAACUUUUAUGCUUGAACAUGGAGACUACACAUGGGCUUUAGAGUUUGCACUCUCAGAUAAACAGAAACUAUAAUGAAAGAACAUAGUCAGUCCCAAAGGUAACUUCAAAGAAUAAUAGUACAUUUAGGUGGGAGUAGGUAUUUGACAGUGCUUACUUGAUAUUGUGUCUCAGAGUUAAAAAUGUACAAGUUAGAAUGUACAAGCUGAUAACACUGAUAGCCUUAAAAUUGUUAUGACUUUCUUGUAUAUGACUCUUCUAGCCAGUUUCCUUUCCCUUGUCAGGGGUGACAAAACAUACAGCCAUGGAGUGAUGAGGAAGCCAGACAUUAGAUAUAAAGAAAACCACUUUCAGGCUCUUUGUCUAGGCAUCUUUCUGUCCUGCGAGGGCUAGUGAGUAUUAGAAGCUUUCUGUUCUCACGGUUGAAUUUUUAGAAAAGUGAAUGAUCAAUAAAGUGUUUUAUAAUAAAAUCAUUUGAUACUCCUACUUUGCAGCUUCAGUUGAAUGUUAGAUCCUGGUUCUGUGAAGGGGCACCCUUUUCCUCUGCCAUUGUUUUGCAUAACACAUGACUGGCAGCAAUUAGGGCUGUGACUACUUUGAAGCUGGCAAAUGUAGCUAGUCAGGAACAGGUGAUAUCUUUCCUUCCUGAACCAUUACUGAUGCUAGUCACUUGGGGGCAGUACAUUCCUGUCAGUGUUUCUCAGCCUGGGGUGUGCAGCAGUGUCCUCGAGGAUCUUGGGAAGUUCAUAUUCUGGUUUAGAAGUUCUAGGGUGGGACCUGCACAUCUGUGUUUCUAGCGAGCUGAUGGGUUAUGUUGUGCCACUGGGCCUUGGAACCCACUUUGUACAGCAACCCUUUGAUGGUGUCAGAUUACUUAAGACCAUGAAUUCUGGGUUUUUAGAUGAGCCUACUACUGGAUAUUGCUCAUCUCAUUUUUUUGUUGAUGGUACUUGCACAUGUUAAUAAGUACGUCCUCUCCCCUGAGUUAAUAAGCUACACCCCCAGCCCUAAUCUGAUCAUUUUUGACCAUUUAAUAUGGUUCCCUGUUAAAAUGAAUGUUCUACUUGCUCCAUAACCUUAAAUACCCCUAAAUUAUGACUGCACUGCCAAGAAUGUAGCAAGAUCUUUUUGUAGCAUGGGGUAUCAUUUGAAACUGGCCACAGUUCAGGGCAGGUGGCAGUUACAUCUGAAGAGUUGUCAGUUUCCCAUCUCUUAGUGGACAUAAUUCUGUUUCCAGCUGAAGCAGGUGGCUGGCCUUUUCAGUUACAAGAUUCAACACCUAGAAUUCUCAGUCCCAAGAAGACCCUCCAGUCUUCUUCACACUGCUACUAGUAAACACUGCUAGCUCUACCAGUCCUGUGUUUUGCAAAGAAACUUCUCAGACUGACGGGAAUGUCUUCUCCAAGACCAUAGACCCUUACUAGAACACUGCUUCCCGGGAGGGAGAUCUCUGCACAGCUACUUCCGAAUGACCUUCCCAGCCGCUUGUCUCCAACAUUGAUCUUGAUUCAACCAGAAAAAGGUCAAAAUCGGUAAGCUCAAGAGAAAAUGUCUGUUCUGCACACAAAUGCUCAACUGACUACAUUUUGUAUAUUUUUGAACAGGCAGUUGUUAGCUUGUCUUAAGUUGUCUGCUUUUUUUUCCUAUUACUAAAGCCUGGACCAUCUGAUGAGAAGCAACCUUAUUUUCAUAGACUUAAAUAUGGCAAGAUACCAGUUGCUUUAUCAUCAUGUUAUAUCCACUAAAAGUCACCUAGGCUAAAGAUUUUAUUUGAAAAAAAAAAUGAGACAGAACAUUAUCAGACUAGGAAGGGAACUGUAGACAUGUCACUGCUGUUGACGAAAGAACUAGCUUUUUGGCUCUCGGCCAAGUCAAGUGAAAGGGGGAAAGUGCUUAUAUAUUGGCAGGAGCAAAAGGUAUUAGUCAAGACCAAAAGCAGUAGAACCGCUGCAGACAAGAAAGCCAGUCUCUAGCUUCUCAAAUAGCUGGUUGCCAGCCAAAUGUAUUUGCACCCUCAACUGAGGCCUCAUGCUUUGGGUAUUGGUUUAGUUGUGCAGAACCUAGAAAAAGUGUUUAUGUUCUGGGAUAAAAUAAAGUCCCUCCCUAAGGAACUUUAGGCCACCAAAAAUACUUCAUUCCUUAAGUACCCUAACUGUUCACUCCUAAGCAAGAAAGGAGUCUGUCACUGACCUCAAGCUAGUUAGGCUUCUCUCCCUCUGUGGUUAGAAUCCCUACUACCCUGUGUGGCCCAGUGGAGCACAGUGGCAUCUACAGGACAAGAACAGAUGUUAUACGCCCUGGAAAGCCAUCCAAGCCUUAGAGCUGUCAUGGGAACGCCAUCCUCAUUGAGGAUGGGAAUCGGUUGGAGAGGAGGGAGGGUGCACUGUCCCAUUUUGAAAGCCCGGAUCUUUUGCCUGGACCAGCUUCUACAGUUGCUACUGGAGACCAUUGUUGCUGGCCUGUUUCUGGUUUCCAGGUUAAUGUUUCACCAGCAUUGCCAACCCACCAUCUCAACCUAGGAUGAGUUUGAAUUCUGGGUUCUUAGUGAGAUCUGUAGCUUUCAGGGAUGAUUUUAGCCCUUUUUUGUCAUUUUGUCCUAGCUCCUGUUUACUAGAGUCAAGAUGGGGCUUCCCAUGCAUUCCAUAUCACUAGUGUUAUCAAUUGAAUAAAACGUCUACUACUGUCUUA